ACGGCCACACCCCCGCGGGGACGGGCGCGGCGGGAGCGCGGCGGGACGGAGCGGGCGCCGCUGCCGGCAUUGCCCUGGUCCCGGCGGGAAACAGGAGCACCGGCAGCAGGAGGAAGAGGAGGAGGAAGGCGGGGGUCAUCCCACUAAGCCAGGCAGGAUGGAUAAGUACGACGACCUGGGUCUGGAAGCCAGCAAGUUCAUCGAGGACCUCAACAUGUACGAGGCCUCCAAGGACGGUCUCUUUCGGGUGGACAAAGCUGCCGGCAACAACCCCGAGUUCGAGGAGACCAGGCGGGUCUUCGCCACGAAGAUGGCAAAGAUCCACCUCCAGCAGCAGCAGCAGCAGCAGCAGGAGGAGAUGCUGAUGGCCGCGAUGAACGGAGGGGCUGCCGCCUUCCACGCCGCCCGGCCCAGCCCGCCGGUGCCGCGGGGGGCCAAGCCGCCCCCCGCCGCCGAGGGGCCCCGAGCGAGGCCCUACGAGGGAGGGGAGCGCGGCUUCGGAGAGAGCGGGGCACGUGCCGAGGCCCCCGGGAGCCAGGCCGGGCGCCGGGGCUGGGAAGCGGAGCCUGACAGGAUGCCCAGAGCGGGGUGCUCACAGCCUGGCGCGGGGCGCGGGGAGCAGCAGCCCGGGAGCCCUGGGCAGGAGAAUGGCGGCGAGGGCUGGCGAGGUGCUGGGGGCCGUGACCCGACGCCAGCCGGGCAGAGAUCCUCCUCCUUCUCGAACGCCCGCACCCCCCCGGCACCCUCGGCAGGGCCAGAGGAGGCCGCGCCUCAGCAGCGGUCUUCGUCCUUCUCGACGCCUUCGGUGCAGCCCGCCCGGGGGUUUUCAGGCUCCUCCGAGCCCUGUGGUCCCAAAGCCGGAGGAGAUGGCAAGCAGCUGUGGUACCAGGGUGUCUCGCUGCCCUACCCACCAAGCUCUGCACCCAGUGCCCCCAGCGCAGACUACCAGCACGCCGCUGCCUACCCCAGCCCAGGUGGCCACUUUGUGGCCCACGGGCAAACCCACAAGCCCAAUGGCGGUGGCGUGAACCCAGAGCCAGGCUCCUCACGCCUGGCCUCUCGAGGGCUGGUGGUUCCAAAUGCUCCACAGCCGCUUUGCCCAGAGGGCGUGAGCGGGCCACGGUCAGACUCCGGGCACCUGGAUAGCUCCAGCACAGCAAAGGUGAAGCUGCCCUGCCAGACCCUUCUCCCACAGCCAGAGCAGGGGCCAUCGGCAGCCGAGCUGAAGCUGGAGGCACUGACCCAGCGCCUGGAGCAGGAGAUGGAUGCUCGGCCAAAGGCCGAUUACUUUGGCACCUGUGUGAAGUGCAGCAAGGGAGUGUAUGGAGCAAACCAGGCUUGCCAGGCCAUGGGCAACCUCUACCAUGACAGCUGCUUCACCUGUGGAGCCUGCAGUCGAAAGCUGAGAGGAAAAGCUUUUUAUUUUGUCAAUGGCAAGGUGUUCUGUGAAGAAGAUUUCCUGUAUUCUGGUUUCCAGCAGUCAGCUGACAGGUGUUUCAUUUGUGGUCAUUUGAUAAUGGACAUGAUCCUGCAGGCUCUAGGGAAAUCGUAUCAUCCAGGCUGCUUCCGAUGCGUGGUCUGCAAUGAGUGUCUGGAUGGUGUACCAUUCACUGUAGACUCUGAAAACAAAAUCUACUGUGUCAGAGAUUACCACAAAGUUUUAGCUCCAAAGUGUGCAGCGUGUGGACUUCCCAUUCUGCCCUCUGAGGGGUCUGAUGAGACCAUUCGAGUUGUGUCCAUGGAGAAGGAUUACCAUGUGGAAUGUUAUCACUGCGAGGACUGUGGGAUGGAACUGAACGAUGAAGACGGGCAUCGCUGUUACCCACUAGAUGAACAUUUGCUUUGUCACUCCUGUCAUCUGAAACACAUAGAGAAUGGCACAACCCCAGCAGCUGCCUACCAGCACCACUACUAGCCAGUGUGGCUGACAUCGGAAAGCUGGGACAGAAGACUUGUUACAUGAUCUCCCUCUCCCUGCCCUCAGUUGAUUUCCUGUGCAUGUUUUUCGCCAGUCGGCAACAUUUCUAUAAAAGGAUAUGAGAGAUUUUUGGUGGAUUCCCAGAGUUUGUAUGCUUGUGGAUUCCAGCUGUAUCAAACCAUGUCUACUUGACCAAGAAUGUGGCAUGUUAUCUAAACUGAUCAGUUUACUUUUACGUGCCUUUUUCUGCUGCCUGGAGAUUCCUCUUGGCUCAUUUUGGAAGAUUCUUCAGUGAAAGCACAAUUUGCUGUUGUGUCUAUAAACUCAGAUCAUGUCAUGCACAAUUAAAAAGCCAGAGGCUGGCUUGUCUGCCUGCCUGCCAGA